CACCACGCACAGACAUUUUUCAUUCCCUUGUUACAUUCCUUUAAACAGUACUGUUACAUAUUAUUGAUUACAUGACUCUGACACAGCAGCUGUCAGGUAAUAGCCAGAUUGCAGGUGGUACACUUGCACACAAACCAUCAGACAGCACUGCAAGCAAGGACAUCGAGAGGGCGGGUCUCGAGGUUGACCCAGCCAGUGGCAACAACGAUGAGAAUGACGACCCAAUGCGCCGGCCGUUUUCACACUUUUCAAAGUUCCAGAAGACUCUGAUCAUUGUGCUGACUGCUUACUGUGGCAUCCUUGGUCCAUUUUCAUCGUCGAGCUACUUUCCCGCAAUCCAAACAAUGGCCAAAGACUUGGACGUGUCGCUGUCGAUGGUUAACUCGACGGUAUCGGUUUUUCUGUAUGCAAUGGCUGUCUUUCCUCUUUUCUGGACCAAUGCUGCCGAACGGUACGGUCGCCGGUACAUGUACAUAAGCUCUAUGCUGGUCUACAUGGGCGGAUGUGUCGGAUGUGCUCUGUCAAGGAAUAUCGCUGCCAUGCUUGCCUCGCGCAUUAUCCAGUCGAUGGGCUCGUCAUCGGUGCUUGGUGUUGGAGCAGGCACGAUUGCUGAUGUGUUUGAACGCGAGCAGCGCGGCACUGCGAUGGGAUUCUACUUCAUGGGUGCUCUGCUUGGGCCACCUCUGGCACCGAUCAUCGGUGGCGCCGUCGCACAGCACCUGGGAUGGCGUGCGAUCUUCUGGAUGCUGACGAUCAUGGCGGGCAUUGCCUGCAUCGGUGUCACGCUGUUCCUGCCCGAAACCCACCGUCGCAUUGUAGCCCAAAGGCACAAGAUUCGGCCAGUCAAUAUCCCACCAAAGCCCAAGUGGAGAGACAACAAUCCGGUCAGCACCUUGCUUCUUGCGCGCAACCCGGUCAUCUUGGCCAUCAUCUUCCACAACUCGAUGAUCUUUGGUUGCUACAUCUUAGUGAGUAACUCGAACACCUUUGUCAUGCAAUCCGUCUACAAGCUCUCAGAGACUACCACCGGAAUAACAUAUCUUGGUAUGGGCAUGGGCUGUCUAUUGGGCUCGGUUGUUGGCGGUCGGCUGGUUGAUUUUCUGCUGAAAGACGGCAACCCCAACGCCGUAGUCAAGGUUCCAGCAGAGAUCCGAAUUCGGUACCUAUGGACUGGUGCUGUGGUAUUUAUUGCUUGCAGCAUUGGGUAUGGAUGGAUGGCACAACGUGGGAAUGUGCCCCUCGCCGGAGCCAUUGUCGUGCAGUUUCUCAUUGGCUUCAGUAUGACAUGGCAGCUCUCGAACACAUCCAACUACCUUGUUGAUCUCUACGCGACACGCAGUGCAAGCAUCACGGCCUCGCAAUCCUUCUUCCGUAGCAUUUGGAGUGGAAUUUGCACGCAAAUUAUCAUCACUAUCAAGGAUGGCGUUGGCUGGGGCUGGGAAUUCACUAUCUUUGGUGGCCUUGCUGCUAUCAGCGGGGCCAUCACGCUACUAAUCUCGUUCAAUGGUGAGCAGAUUCGCAAGCGCUUCCCGAUCGAUCGAUCCAAGUAGUGUUUCCGAUUGCCAACUACAUAUCCAAAGGCCGUGUUUUGCAUUUAUUUCUAUGACAACAGCCCGUACACCUCCUGUUAUAGUAUAUAUAUAGCCAUCCCAUGUUCGUUUAA